GCGCGCCCAGCCGCGGUUCUGAGCUACCAAGCGGCUGAGAGGACAGAGAGGAGGGGCAGGAGCUACCGACCGCAGGAGGAGGAGAAGGGGUUGUGCUCCUGGCCGAGCAAGGAGAAAGGGGCGGGGCUGGAGAGCAGCGCGCCGGGGUGCCGAGCUCCUGGGACAGGCGGGCGCGUGAGGGUCUGUGGCCCUUGCCGUCCCAGUGGCCGCCGCCGUCGCUUGGCUGCCGUCGGUCUGCGGGAGGCGGGUUAUGGCGGCGGCGGCAGUGGGAGCUGUGAAUGAAUUCUCCGGGUGGACGAGGAAAGAAGAAAGGCUCCGGCGGCCCCAGCAGCCCGGUGCCUCCCAGGCCUCCGCCCCACUGCCUGGCCCCCUCCCGCCCCGCCCCCAGGCCGGCCCCUCCGCCCCAAUCGCCGCAUAAGCGGAACCUGUACUACUUCUCCUACCCGCUGUUCGUAGGCUUCGCGCUGCUGCGUUUGGUCGCCUUCCACCUGGGGCUCCUCUUCGUGUGGCUCUGCCAGCGCUUCUCCCGCGCCCUCAUGGCCGCCAAGAGGAGCUCCGGGGCCGCGCCGGCGCCGGCCUCGGCCUCGCCCCCGGCGCCAGUGCCAGGCGGGGAGGCCGAGCGCGUCCGAGCCUUCCACAAGCAGGCCUUCGAGUACAUCUCCGUUGCUCUGCGCAUCGAUGAGGACGAGAAAGUAGGACAAAAGGAGCAAGCUGUGGAAUGGUAUAAGAAAGGUAUUGAAGAACUAGAAAAAGGAAUAGCUGUCGUAGUUACAGGACAAGGUGAACAGUGUGACAGAGCUAGACGCCUUCAAGCUAAAAUGAUGACUAAUUUGGUUAUGGCCAAGGACCGUUUACAACUAUUAGAGAAGCUGCAGCCAGUUUUGCAGUUUUCCAAGUCACAAACGGACGUCUAUAAUGACAAUACUAACUUGACAUGCCGCAAUGGACAUCUCCAGUCAGAAAGUGGAGCUGUUCCGAAAAGAAAAGAUCCCUUAACACACACUAGUAAUUCACUGCCUCGUUCAAAAACAGUUAUGAAAACUGGAUCCACAGCUCUUUCAGGCCACCACAGAGCACCUAGCUGCAGUGGUUUAUCCAUGGUUUCUGGAGUGAGACAGGGACCUGGUCCUGCAACUGCCACUCAUAAGAGUACACCAAAAACAAAUAGAACAAAUAAACCUUCUACCCCUACAACUGCUGCUCGUAAAAAGAAAGACUUGAAGAAUUUUAGGAAUGUGGACAGCAACCUUGCUAACCUUAUAAUGAACGAAAUUGUGGACAAUGGAACAGCUGUUAAAUUUGAUGAUAUAGCUGGUCAAGAGUUGGCAAAACAAGCAUUGCAAGAAAUUGUUAUUCUUCCUUCUCUGAGGCCUGAGUUGUUCACAGGGCUUAGAGCUCCUGCCAGAGGACUGUUACUCUUUGGUCCACCUGGAAAUGGGAAAACAAUGCUGGCUAAAGCAGUAGCUGCAGAAUCUAAUGCAACCUUCUUUAAUAUAAGUGCUGCAAGUUUAACUUCAAAAUACGUGGGAGAAGGAGAGAAAUUGGUGAGAGCUCUUUUUGCUGUGGCUCGAGAACUUCAACCUUCUAUAAUUUUUAUAGAUGAAGUUGAUAGCCUUUUGUGUGAAAGAAGAGAAGGAGAACAUGAUGCUAGUAGACGUCUAAAAACUGAAUUUCUAAUAGAAUUUGAUGGUGUACAAUCUGCUGGAGAUGACAGAGUGCUUGUAAUGGGUGCAACUAACAGGCCACAAGAGCUUGAUGAGGCUGUUCUCAGGCGUUUCACCAAACGGGUAUAUGUGUCUUUGCCAAAUGAGGAGACACGACUACUUUUAUUAAAAAAUCUAUUAUGUAAACAAGGAAGCCCAUUGACCCAAAAAGAACUAGCACAACUUGCUAGAAUGACCGAUGGAUACUCAGGAAGUGAUCUAACAGCUUUGGCAAAAGAUGCAGCACUGGGUCCUAUCCGAGAACUGAAACCAGAACAAGUGAAGAAUAUGUCUGCCAGUGAGAUGAGAAAUAUUCGAUUAUCUGACUUCACCGAAUCCUUAAAAAAGAUAAAACGCAGCGUGAGUCCUCAAACCUUAGAAGCAUACAUACGUUGGAACAAGGAUUUUGGAGAUACUACUGUUUAAGCCUGCAGAACGUUUUACUUUCCAAGAGAGAAACAUACCAUCUUCUAUGAAUAGUUAUCUGCUACAGAAACUCAGCCUAAGUUUACAGGACUUUUCAGAGUCUUACAAUUAUUUGUGCACCCCAGAAGAUGAACCGUAAAAUAAAUUUAAAUAAAGUAUACAAUGCAAAUUGAGUAUUUUGUUUAAGGCCUUCUUGCCUUGAUGGUCACAGAUAUCCCGAUGGGCACUGUAAGUUAGAGCAGAACAAAAACUGAUUCUGGUCUUCUUUACCAAUAUAAUCAUAAUGUAAAUAAUAAUUUGUAUAUUAUGUUGCAGAUGAAAGUAUUCCAGAGACAGUGAAUGGUAGAAGACACAAGAGCCUUUGGUUGUAGAGCCUUUGGUUGUUUGUCUUCUGACAUCUUUUCUUAAAAUAGUAAUUUUUCCUAUUUCCUUUCCUACUGUUGUCUUUACUACACUAUGGGUGAUUGGAAUGCCAAACACUGUUUCUUUUUUUUUUCUUUUUACAAAUUGUGUGCCAAAUGAAACUUUUUCCUAUGUAACAGUAGUAGGAAAAAAGUAUUUUGAAGGUUUUUUUCUUCUUCAUAAAUCUACAGACAUUAAACAAUGCGUCCUUUUCACUUUUUAUUUUUCUAUUACCUUUCUACCAAACAAUUUAGAAAGCAAUAUGAUAGCAACAAAACAAAUCUAGUGAAAUGGAGAAGGAGAAAUUUUGAAGUUUUCAGACACUCUGUCAUACAACAUGUAGAUCAAUCCUCCUGUGACCUGCGGUAUUUUUUUUCUAAUAUAUUUGUCAGAAAUCUAUUGUAGACUGUUAACUUAUUCCUAAUGGAAUUUAUUUUCUGUUAGAAUUCUAAUAUUUAAGAAAGCCAAUUUUAACUGCUGUAAAAGUGGUUUCUGUGCAAGAGAAGGGAAGUACUAGGAGCUAAGACAUUUCUAAUUUAUUGCUUAUUACUUUCUUACUAUUUAUAGGAUAAUUACAAGCCAGUGGAUUUACCAUGUUUUAUUCUUAAUAAUUAUUAAUCCCUCCAAUGAAACUUUAACAAAAAUUACUGAAUUUUUAUACAUUGCAUACAUUUUAUAGGUUUCUUGUGCUCACUUUGUUAACUAAAAAGUUUUAGUCUGUUAAUCUGCCUUUUGUUCCCCAAAAAUGUACAGUAAUUCUGUUUCUUGUUUGUAUAAGUAUGCCUGGGUUUUUAUUACAAAAAUGUCAUUGUAGGAAGUAGAGACUCAUAUCAUGGCCUUUUAAAUAUUGUAAUAAAGGCAAAUAGAUAUUUGCCCUUAGUUUACUGGUUAAAA